GGGGUGGUGAGGGGCGUGAUCCCUGGAACCUGCCGGACUUCCUCCCUCCGCUCGUCUGGGUCACCGUGUCUGCCCGUCGCUGGCCGCUUCUCCCUCUCCGCAGCUGUCUCUCUCGCCCUGGCCUGUCUCGCCCCUUCCCCGCAGUCGCCUCCUUCUCCGCCUGCCUGGGUGGCCGCCAUGGGCCGGAAGCGGCUCAUCACUGACUCCUACCCCGUAGUGAAGAGGCGGGAGGGGCCCGCCGGGCACAGCAAGGGGGAGCUAGCACCCGAGCCAGGCGAGGAGCCCCAGUCCCCCAGCGGGGAUGUGGACGAAGAGGAGCUGGAGCUGCUGAGGCAGUUUGAUCUGGCCUGGCAGUACGGGCCCUGCACAGGGAUCACACGGCUGCAGCGCUGGCAUCGGGCAGAACAGUUGGGCUUGGACCCUCCCCCAAAGGUGCAUCAGGUGCUACAGACCCACCCCGGAGACCCCCGCUUCCAAUGCAGGUCAGAGACAGGUGGUGGGGGACACCCAAGGGAGCCAGGACCUUCUCCAGGCCCACUGCCCUGUUGGCCUGGGUGGGGCUGCCUGGCCUCAGGAGAAGGGGAUGCAGGCCAAGGGACAGGACCCUCCAGUUGUUGCUGAGCAUACAAGAAGGCCCUGAGGUCGUGGCUCAGGAGGGCAAAAGGUUGAGCUGAUGUUGGGGGAAAGGGUACACCCAGGGCCCAAGGACUGUUUAGGACUGAGGGGCUGGUCAAGGGCAAUAGCCAACGGUCAAGGACUGGAACUGGUCAGGUCAGAUCACCAAGGGACUUAACUGACUCUCUCUUCAAUUCCCCUCCCUCCCACGCACCUUGCCCAGCCUCUGGCAUCUCUAUCCCCUUUGAGGCACCGCCUGCUCAGGACCGCCCGCCCAGGACCUCCUGCCCUUGGCAAUCCUGCAGCCAUGGAGAACUUUGGGACAGAUGGAAGAGGCAGUUGCUGCCCUCGGCUCAGCGCUGCUGUGGAGGAACUUGUGGCAGGAAAAGCCUCACGGGGAAGGCAACAUGCUGAACCUGGAGGUCUCCACGGCCCAGCCCCUCCAUGUAACCAUCAGGCUCCAGGAGCCCCCCUCAGAGACUAUGCAGAAGAAGCUGCACCUCUCCUAGAUGGAGGCUGGUCUGUCUGGACAAGGACCUGGCCAUGACCCUCCUGAGCCUGCCACAUGUCACCCUAAACACUAGGGCUCCUGGGGACAGUGUGGCAAAUUAGGCACAGCCUUGGCGGAAGCAGACUUGGGCGGCUGAGGCAAAGAUGCACUUCCUGAUAAGGUUGGCAUCUAAGGGCAGAGACUGGCUGAGUUCACAGGGCAAGGAGUUCACUAAUGCUUAUCAAUAAAGAACCUGGAAUCCUGA